AUGGAGAACGAAGCCCCCAAGAAGCAUAAGGGCGGUUACAGGCAGAUCAACAAGACGCUCAACAUCUGCGCUUUCGAGGACUAUCUGGAAGCCCAACUGUCACACCUGCCGCAAAUAGCAGACAUAGAGCAAAUCAGCCCGCGGGUGAUUCGGGUGCUGGGACAGAAUGCUGGAAAGUUCACGCUCCAAGGCACAAACACCUACAUUGUAGGAACCGGCUCGAAAAGAUUGAUCAUCGACACCGCCCAAGGCAUCCCAGAAUGGGCCAACUUGAUCUCCUCGACACUCUCUAACUCCCAAUUCGCCCUCUCCCACGUAUUGCUCACUCACUGGCACGGUGACCAUUCGGGUGGCGUCCCCGAUCUCCUGCGCCUCUACCCCAACCUCUCCAAAUCCAUCUACAAACACAGCCCCGGCAAAACACAACAGCCUAUCCUCGACCGUCAGGUCUUCAAAGUCGAAGGCGCCACCGUGCGGGCGGUGCACGCCCCCGGCCACUCGCACGACCACAUGUGCUUCAUUCUCGAGGAAGAGAACGCCAUGUUUACUGGAGACAAUAUCCUGGGUCACGGUACGGCGGCGGUGGAGCAGCUUAGCACCUGGAUGGAUUCGUUACGCAUCAUGCAGAAGCACAACUGCGCGAUUGGAUAUCCCGCCCACGGCAUGGUGGUGCGCAACCUACCGGGGAAGAUCAGGGGCGAGCUGGCGUCCAAGGCGAAGCGCGAGACACAGGUCUUACAGGCAUUGACCAAGAUCAAGAAGUCCCUAGGGCGGGGGAAGGGCAGUGUGACGGUGAAGCAGCUGGUUACGGCGAUGCAUGGGGACAACCUGGAUGUUCAGGUUAGGGAGAUGGCGAUUGAGCCAUUCAUGGAAGAGGUGUUGAGGAAGUUGGCGGAGGAUGGGAAGGUGGCGUUCGAGGUCAGGGGCGGGGAAAAGAAGUGGUUUGCCAUUCAGAUGAUUGAAUAG